AAAUAAUCCGGCGACGUCACGUGAUACGUCAGCUUUCAACGGUGGGUGACGUCAAUAUAAGGUUGUUUUGUAGUUCAUCAUGUUUCAUGGAAUACCUGCCUCUGGAGGGAUGGGAGGAGCACCUGCCAACAAACCAGAACUGUAUGAGGAAGUGAAAUUGUACAAAAAUGCCAGAGAAAGAGAAAAGUAUGACAACAUGGCAGAGUUGUUUGCUGUGGUCAAAACACUUCAGGCCCUGGAAAAAGCCUACAUUAAGGACUGUGUGACUCCAAACGAAUACACAGGGGCUUGCUCAAGAUUGCUUGUCCAGUACAAGGCUGCUUUCAAACAAGUCCAGGGAUCAGAUGUGGGCUCCAUUGAUGACUUUUGUCGCAAAUACAGGCUGGAUUGUCCGCUGGCUAUGGAAAGGAUCAAAGAGGAUCGACCAAUCACCAUUAAGGAUGACAAGGGCAACCUGAAUCGCUGCAUUGCAGACAUAGUUUCUCUCUUUAUCACAGUGAUGGACAAACUUCGACUUGAGAUUCGUGCCAUGGAUGAGAUCCAGCCUGACCUGAGAGAGCUCAUGGAGACCAUGAAUAGAAUGAGCAACAUGCCUCCAGAUUCAGAGGCCAAAGACAAAGUCAGCCUCUGGUUGACCACACUAAGCAGCAUGUCUGCAUCUGAUGAGCUGGAUGACUCCCAGGUUCGCCAGAUGCUGUUUGACCUGGAGUCUGCCUACAACGCCUUUAAUCGUUUCUUACACUCUUCUUAAAUGUUCCUUCCCUCUCUGAGCUCGCUUAACUCCUUUCCACUAGCCCUUUUUUUUUUAUAUAACCAAACCUUUGUUUCACUAUCCCUAUUUUGCCUGUGUCUCUUGUAGGAAUGUAGGAACUUUAAGUCUAAUUAGAGUACUGCUUACUAUGGCUUAUGUUAUUCAGUAAUAUAAUCAGGUUUAUGUUAUUCACAGAUCUGAAAAUUAAUAGUAGUAGAUUUUUUUUGUGUAAUGUAAAGAGAUUUUUCUAUCACAUGGUAGACUGAAAGUGUUCCCUAGAAUGGCAAUAGCGAAUACAGUAGCCAACUGAGAUGCAAAGAGUGCAUUAUAGGAAGGAGUUUAUUAUAGGAAAAGGAUGCUUGCCUCUAUAAAUACAUAUCUUGAAUGAACAUAUGAGUUGAUAGUCUAUGGAUCUCAUAAUAUCUUCUAGAAACAGGUCUGAUACUGAAUUCUCAGUGCUGAAUUUUAUUUUCCCUAGCUAUGCACUUUCCUUUUUUUUAAUAGAUGUUUUCUCAGUAUUUAAAUGACAAUGUGAAAUGUGCUCAUUCAUUUACAGUACUUUAACAUUUGUUUAUAACUUGACUUUUAUAAAAGCUUGAUUAAGAACUCUUUCCUUGGCAUGGUGUUGGUCUAGCUCACUUUAUGUAAUAAGGCAUAUUUAUUAAAUGACCUAUGUAAAUAAAAUAGUUUUGAAAUAAAACA